UUGCAGGGGUUUUCCUCUCGUCAUCCGUCUCCACCUCGCCCUCCCCCUCCCCCUCCGGCGGCCGCCUCGAUCUCCACCCUCUUCGGCUCCGGCUCCGGCUCACGCAAGGGGGGAAUCCGACGCUGCGCCCUGCCGGGAAGCCAGGGAAGUGCUUCAGCCCCUGACCCGCGCCCGCGUGCGCGGCGGAUCUUCCCCCAACUGAUCCCCGAUGUUCCUCUCCCCCGACUCGGUCCGCCCCCGCCGAUCUGCCGCCGCGGCGCGCCGAUCGUCGCGCCGCUGAGAUCAUCGGCACCGAUCCACGCGACCCUGCAAUGCGCUCAUGGAUGCAGGUCUCCAGAAAUCCCUCAGCUGAUCGCCCCGUCUCUUCCUCCUUCCAUGGGUGAUCACCAGCGCGACCUGGCCUUCCCGCCGCCCGGCCACUGCCUCCCCAGGACAUCGUCGAUGAGCGUCACGGACUCCGUCACCGCGGUCCACGACUUCAGGGUCACCGGCUACUCGCUGCUCGACGGCAUGGGCGUCGGCAGGUACGUCAGCUCCAGAGUCUUCACCGUCGGGGGGCUCGAGUGGGCUGUCAGGUUCUACCCGGACGGCUCCACGGCCCACUGCGUCGGCAACGCCUCCGCCUUCCUCUACUACUGCGGCCGAGACAAGGACGUCAGGGCCAGGUUCACCCUCAAUUUGAUGGAGAAAGAUGGCAGGCUCUCUCAGGUAACCAACGCCUACAUGAAGCAUUCCUUCUCCCCUGCUAGUGACAAUUGGGGCUUCAUCAAAUUCAUCGAGAAGUCCAAGAUUCAGGGCUCGCCCUUCCUCCACAAUGACUGCCUCACCAUCAGAUGCUUGCUAACCGUUGCCAAAGAGUCUCGUACCCAAGACGUCCAGACCAGCUUGAUCACGGUUCCCAAGUCCAAUCUGCACAAAGAUUUUGAGAACAUGCUCAACGAUGGAGAAGGCGCGGAUGUCACGUUUGAUGUGGGUGGCCAACUGUUCCGCGCUCAUAGGUGUGUCUUGGCUUUCCGCUCUCCGGUCUUCAGGGCCGAACUCUUUGGUCCGAUGAAAGAAAAGGCAACACAGUGUAUCAACAUCGAUGACAUGGAGCCUCUCAUAUUUGAGGCGCUGCUUCACUUCAUCUACACUGAUUCCUUGCCUGAUCACUGCAAAGACGGCAAGGCUGAGGCUAUGCAACACCUACUUGUUGCCGCCGAUCGUUACGGAGUCGAUAGGCUAAGGUUGAUUUGCGAAAGUAAGUUGAGCGACACAAUUGAUGUUCAGACAGUGGCAACCACGCUGGCUUUAGCAGAGCAACACCAUUGCUCCCAGCUGCGACAAGCUUGCAUUCAGUUCAUGGCCUCGCCCAACAUGCUUGCUCCAGUCAUUGAAACCGAAGGAUUCAAACAUCUUGUAGCGAGCUGCCCGUUUAUUAUGAAGGAUAUAUUAGAUAGGGUGUCAAGCAUUUGGAAUGACAGGUCUUCUGAGAAGUAGAAUAAGAUGACACCUAUUGGGCUGAACAGCAGUGCUGAAUUUUAGUCUGGUUCAGAUGUUCACGUUUCUGCAUGUAACUGUUAUAUCUUAUGUCUAAUGCAUUUUUGUUUGCAUGACAGAAUGACUCAUUAGCACCAUGCAGCAGUUUUAAUGAAAACUCUAUAGAUUUUGA